AUGGGUUUUCCGCGUACUGAUAUAGACGUUGCAGGUGUUAGAGCAGACCGGCAUCGACUGGCAGAGCUGCGAAAUGAUCACAAGGUGAUUACUAAAAUGAUAGAGGAAAGCAUAGAACUUCUGCAUUCAGCCCGGCUUUCUCCUAAAUCUUAUAGCCCUGAAGAUUCAGGUAAUAAUGAGACAUCAAGCAGUCUAAACGCAUCGUCUGACAAUGCGGCUGCACAAGCAGCCAUGGAUGUGGAUGCCUUCAUCAGCAUACCCUUUGCAGUGAUUGAUGAGAUAGCUGAUGCAUCCCCAACUGCUGAAGACGGUCUACAGCUUGGAGAUCAGAUUUUUAAAUUCGGCAACGUCCAGUAUCAAGCUGGUGAGAAUCUUCUGCAGAAGCUCGCUUCCGAGGCACAGGCCAAUCAGGAUAAAGCAGUGUCGGUGGUCGUACUAAGGCAAGGCUCCCCUAUCAACUUGACCUUGACUCCAAGACCAUGGGAAGGCAGAGGCUUGUUGGGGUGCAGCUUCCGGGUGUUGUAAGCCAUAACUGCUAAACGAUUUAGCUGGCGUUUCGAACGUUGACACUCUUUUACUGUGGUGAAUUUGCAUGAACUUGUCUUCUCCAGCUUAACUACAUGGUGAGAUAUAUUGGCUUUUGAAGAACCACCAGGAGUGGGUUUCCACACUUCCCAACUGUUCCUUUCUCCUGUUCUUAUCCUAUCCUGAAUGCUGACAGAAAGUAUAAGAAUAUGGAUUGUAGUAGGUUGCUGUAAAUGAUGAGACCCUUGCUUGAGAGAAUGUUCCAAGUAACUGAUCGUUUGGGAAGUCUAUGAAAUUGACUGAAUAUGAAAGGAACCAUUGGCCUGAGCUGAGAGGUUCUGAUUAUGAAAUGAGAGUUUUAUUUCCUUCUUCUAAUGCACAGAUAUGCAUUGUCCUUUUCUUUAGGGGUCAAGGGGAGUAUAGAAUUGGGAACUGAAGAAUCCUAUGCUAUGAAUGAGAGUGACAUACAAGGCCGGUUUUGAUUCCAAUGUAGCCGGCUUGGUAUUGUAAAAUGCAUUGUUAUGGACAGCCGUUGACAAAGUAAAGCUUGAAGGAAUAUGUAACUGCUAAUUUGGUGAACGUUGACCUCUAUCAAGUUCCAAGUUAGGAGAAGAAGGCAAAGAAAAUGAGGGUUAUCUCUUCACUACAGUUUUAUUUAAGGAUUCUGGUCUUCUCUUCUCCAUGAAUGAUCCAUGUACUAGCAAAUGGAAGAUGAUGAAGCUUUGGCUAGGGUUGAAGCUGAGCAAACAUAACAAAAUGGAGGUCGGCAAUCGUUCCAAUCGAACUAUACGAUUGCACAAAGG